UUUUGCCACAUAGUCCCUUACAGUCCCGCUUCCCUUUACCCGCAGCCAGGCCAUGGCGAUCAACCUCGCUAUCAGCGCCCCUUGUCUCCCUCCCCGGCCAUCCCUAAUCUACCGGAGCGCUUCCGCUCCUCCGAGUAACCCUAGCUAUCCAUCUCUCGUAGUAUUUUCUUACCACACCAAGAAGAGCUACUGCUUCUCCCGCUUCCUCCUUCCGAUUCCUUACGCCGCUGGUUCUUCUGGUACUGCAUCCAUUACUGGCGACAAGGAUAUUUCAAAUUCAUUGGAGAAGGUAGAAGUUUACGAUUUAACGGGCAAAGCUGUUCCGAUAAUUGAUUUGUGGAGAGACAGAAAAGCCAUAAUUGCAUUUGCUCGCCAUUUUGGCUGCGUUCUGUGCCGCAAGCGGGCUGAUGUUCUUGCUUCUAAGAAGGUUUGCGAUCUGUUGAGUAUAUGCUCUAUCACACGUAUUUUUAAUGCCAGCAGUAAUUAGGGCUGUUUGGUUUAUUGGCAUCUCGAUGUACAUGUUAUUAAGAGAUCAGAUACCAGAUGCUUGAUUUGAUGAAUUUUGUAAAUUUUAAACGAGGCAUUUGCAUACAUAC